AAUGUUUUAAAUGACCCGCCUCAUGCCUCGGGAGGAGACAUCUUUAGCGUGAUUUAAACAGAUGCCAAUGGUGUUUUUCGUGACAAAACUAUACAUAGAAACACAUUUAAAAAUAUCUCCAGAGAACUGUUAUAUAUUUAUACAUAUAAUACAAUACAUACGUUAAAUUUUCAUAUUUGUUUUAUUUCCACAAGUGCUAUUAAUUGAGGCAUAUUAUUGAUUAUUUAAAAACUUAGCUAGCAACUAAUAUUAAAUGGUCGUGAAUUCAACCAAUCAACAAUUAGUUUACAUUUAGCGGGAAAGUUAAGUUGACCAAUCAGCGUCAGGGUAGACCAGCUGAUGGGGUGAGUGUUUCCCGCCAAAUACAGACGAGUAAACACCCAGCCUCUGUCUCUUGUGUCCCGAGUUAUAAUCCAAUUUUAUAGAGGAAAAAGUGAUUUACCAACGUAUACAGUUAUAUAUAAAGGAAGAUGCCAGGAAAGCAGGAGGCAAUCAGUUUCCCCAUACGAAAAACGCGGUGCUCGGGGACCAAGUCUGAAUCGGUCAUUUCAACAGAUUCGUCUCACUUAAGUGUCAAAAGCUGUUAUAUCAAGUUGGAUGUGACUGAUAAUGUACUAAUAUCACCUUCCAAGACAGGACCACAAAACAGACUCAAGGAUGUACACAGCGGCCCAUGGAGAUCUUCACGAAAAACUGAAACAUCGGCAAAAAUCGCCGACACGUGUGAUAGCCCUCGGAGAUCGUCACGACUUGUUGGCACUCCACUGAAACCUGCCAACACCUGCAGCAGUCCACCCAGAGAUACUACUACACAAACUACCGACCGUUACCACAGCCCAGAGAGAUCAUCGCGGAGAAGUGAAAUCUCACCUAAUCUGACGGAUGUGUGCGGGAACCCACGGAGAACAUCACGUAGGUCGGUAACACCUGUGAGACGAGGAGAAUCCAAGACACCGAGCAAACGGAGAUCAGAUUUACCAGAUGUAGAUGGUGGACAGAGCCCUACCAAGAGAUCAGUUAUGCAAAAGCUGGUUUUGGAGACCACAAAACUGACACCAUCUAAAGCUCGCCGCAAAUUAAUGUCUGACGAUGUGAAUGGUGAAAAUUCUCCCUCACCUUUGACCCCCAGAAAAACACAACAAAAUGUACCGUUGAGCCCAGUCAGGUUCUCCUCUCCUACCAGAUCUUCCGGCAGCAUUGAGCCGAGAAUACCUAGGAUGCAGACCCCUCAGAAGUCCCCAUUGUCAUCGUCCAACAUAACCAAUAGAGGAACAUUUCACAGUCCUGCCAGAUCAACGGUGAAACGCCUAGAUUUAAGCAGCCCCAUGAAGUCACCAUUGAGACGUCUCGACAUGAACAGUCCAUUAAAUUCUCCGCUAAAAAGUUUGGAUGUGGACGGCCCGAGAAGAUCACCGCGUAAGCUUAAUCAAGAAAAUUUUCCUAGCCCACGAAGGAGUCCGAGAAAGUUUGCACAGUCUCCCAUGUAUGUGAGCAGCCCGUCCUCCCUGGUGUCAAGACUCUCACUGGCCAGUCCCACUAGUACAAAGAAGGACAUAGCUGUUGGACUUUUUAAACCUGAUGUGACUGCUUACCGUUCUGUUCGUCAGUGCUUGAACACGGGAACUCCCACUGUGUUGUUGUGUAGAGAGAAGCAGAUCUGUGACAUGCAGGAGUUUCUGACACAUCACCUGACCAAAGCCAAGCCUGGGUCUCUUUAUGUCUCUGGUGCACCAGGCACGGGGAAAACUGCAUCUUUGAACUCCAUUCUUGACAGUUUAGAAGUAAAGAAAAUUAAGAGGGUGUUCCUGAACUGCAUGAGACUGAAGACAUCGGGCACCAUAUACAAAACAAUAGUGUCAGAGCUCGGUCUCAAGGUGCGGACAACAGAGAGGGAGAACAUGAACCUCAUUGAAAAGGCUCUAACCACAUCAAAAUGUCCUGUAUUAAUUAUGCUUGAUGAAGUGGACCAGUUGGACAGCAAGCAUCAGGAGGUAUUGUACACUAUAUUUGAGUGGCCAGCACUUGCAGGCUCCUCACUGGUGCUAGUGGGCAUUGCCAACUCCCUCGACCUGACAGACCGAAUCCUGCCCCGGCUUCAGGCUCGGCCCACCUUCAAGCCGAAGCUCCUCCACUUCCCACCCUAUACCAAGGCGGAGAUCAUUAAAAUUAUUAAUCACAGGAUACAGGAGGCUGGGCUCGGAGACGUACAAGUAAUUCGACCAACCGCCAUCCAGUUCUUGGCCGGUAAAGUUGCUUCGGUGGCAGGUGACGUGCGCAAGGCCUUAGAUGUCUGCAGACGAGCAGUUGAACUCUGUGAAGUUAAAGCACGGAGGCAAGCUGUCUUGACUCCCACACGUGGGAGUCCUCGAAAAUCACCAUCCAAACGACCUGAAACUCCGCGGAUGAAAAUGGUCGAAAUACCACAGGUUCUGUCCAUCUUCAAUGAAGUUUAUGGAUCACGGGUGAUCUCUGCUGUGACAGAUGCCCCUGAGAGCUUCCCCCUACAGCAGAAAGUGUUGAUCUGCUGCCUCCUGCUCAUUCUCAAGCAUGCCAAGUCAAAAGAUGUCACACUGGGAAUGUUUCAUGAGGUGUACACACGUGUGUGCAGGAAACGCCAGAUGCCUGGUAUGGAUCAGAGUGAGUUUUUAUCCGUGUGCACGCUGCUGGAGUCACGGGGAAUGCUGCAGGUCAAGCGUGCCAAGGAAUUACGCAGCUCUAAGAUUAACCUGCGUCUCAAUGCAGAGGAGGCAGAACAAACCCUCGGUGACCGCACGCUCUUGGCCAGCACCUUGGACGACAGAGAAAGCUUAGGAAAGUUGUGUAAAGCCGCGAGUAGAAAGUUAAAUUAGGAGGACGUGAAGUUACAUUAGUCAUUGUAACGUUACUUGUAAAGCAUGAAGCAUUCGUGUUAGUUCGUAGAGGCAUUUGAAACUUACUUUAAGUUUUGAUCAACACAUCAGUUUUUCAUUGUAUAUGUUCCCAGCAUUAUUUUUUUUAGAUUAGUUAAUGACAAAUGUGUUCAUGAAUCACUGAAUAAUAGUCACUCAUUUGUUUCAUCAUAUUUUUUUUUUCUAGAAUAGGUUUUAAUAGAAUUCUUCAUUUUAGUUGCCAUACUAGGAAUAAUACUUCCCUGAUUGUGGUGAUAUAGAUAGAUAAAUUUUAACAGAUUUUCAGUGCUGUACAAAUAAUAAACCCUGGUGAUAUAUUUUUUAAUAUUGUAGUUUUUUUUUUUUUUUUAAGUUUUUUAAUACUGUAGUGCUUCAAUUGAUGACUGACUCAGCAUGAAAGGAUGUUUUUAAUUUAUGAUUUAUGAGUAUUAACAGCAUUGUGCUUAUAAAUAUGUCGAUGAAUGAUUUUGUGAAUGUUUCCUAAUACCUGUACCAGCCAAAGAUGUUAUUGUGGAGAAUGUUAGUGUUGUUGUAGCAUCUCCACUAGAAGUGAGACCUCUUUAUAACUUAACGGACCUAUCUUCCUCCAUAUAAUCGGUUAGAUAGUUUCAUAAAUAACGAAACCCUUGAUAUAACGGACUUUCACAUCUAUAUAAUUCAUUAGAUGGAGGUUUCACAUCUAACAGACCCUCGAUGUUACGGGCUUCCUCUCCAUAUAGUAGUCCGUUAAAUAGAGGUUUCACUGUUGUUUUAGAUUUAUAACUAUCUCUCUUAUGAUAGUGUUCGCUCUUCCGUUUAGUCAUUAAAUUGUCUAGUGAAAUUUGAUCAGAUUGAGAACAAUAUUUUUACACAUCUGAUACAUAUUUACAUUUACUUUGAGGUCAAAUAAUAAAGUACAGGAAUUCUUUUACACAAUUAUACAUGUUUACUUUAUGAGGUUGAAUAAUAAAGUACAGUAAUUCUUUUAUACAAUUAUACAUGUUUACUUUAUGAGGUUGAAUAAUAAAGUACAGUAAUUCUUUUACACAAUUAUACAUGUUUACUUUAUGAGGUUGAAUAAUAAAGUACAGUAAUUCUUUUAUACAAUUAUACAUGUUUACUUUAUGAGGUUGAAUAAUAAAGUACAGUAAUUCUUUUAUACAAUUAUACAUGUUUACUUUAUGAGGUUGAAUAAUAAAGUACAGUAAUUCUUUUAUACAAUUAUACAUGUUUACUUUAUGAGGUUGAAUAAUAAAGUACAGUAAUUCUUUUACACAAUUAUACAUGUUUACUUUAUGAGGUUGAAUAAUAAAGUACAGUAAUUCUUUUACACAAUUAUACAUGUUUACUUUAUGAGGUUGAAUAAUGAAGUACAGUAAUUCUUUUAUACAAUUA